ACGUGACUGCGGGUCAUGUGAUCGCUCUGGUUUUCCUCGCCGCUCCCUGCAGAUUCUAAACAAACGAACAUGGCGGAGUUUGAAGAGGAAGAGCGGGGCCUGUUAGGAGAAGAUGAAGAUGAAGAAAACCCGGCUCCAGACACACAGGGCGAGGGGGAGCCGAGGACCCCUCUCCCCGCCAUCUGCGACCCCAGCCACCUCCUGCACCGCAUUGUCGUGUUGGUUUUCAUGUGCUUCCUGGGAUUUGGGAGUUAUUUCUGUUAUGACAACCCCGCAGCACUUCAGAGCGAGUUUCUUCAGGACAUGAAUCUGAACACUGCGGAAUUCAUGCAACUUUAUGCGUGGUACUCCUGGCCAAAUGUGAUCCUUUGUUUUCUAGGAGGAUUUCUUCUCGAUAGGGUUUUUGGUAUUAGACUUGGAACUAUACUGUUUUCACUCUUUGUCUUUGGUGGACAGAUAAUAUUUGCAAUUGGAGGGCUUGUAAAACACUUCUGGCUUAUGGAAGUAGGACGCUUUAUAUUUGGUAUUGGAGGCGAGUCCCUGGCUGUGGCUCAGAACACCUAUGCAGUAAACUGGUUUAAAGGAAAGGAGCUUAAUCUAGUGUUUGGCCUGCAGCUUAGUAUGGCUAGACUUGGCAGCACAGUGAACAUGAACAUCAUGGGCUCAGUCUAUAAUAAAGUUGGUCAAUCUUUUGCUGCUGGACACACUACACUGGGAGUGUCAUUGAUGAUCGCUGCCUUGACAUGCUUGUUUUCCCUGAUGUGUGCAUUGGUUUUGGGAUUCCUUGACAAGCGAGCAGAGAAAAUCCUCCAUAAGGAGCAGGGCAAAACAGGAGAGGUCAUUAAGCUGACAGAUGUUAAAGACUUCCCUGCCUGCUUAUGGCUCAUCUUCAUCAUUUGUGUGGGAUACUAUGUGGCAAUAUUCCCCUUCAUUGGACUAGGACAAGUAUUCUUUAUUGAAAAAUUCAACUUUUCUCCAGCUAAUGCCAGAGCGGUCAACAGUAUUGUGUACAUCAUCUCGGCUCCAGCAUCUCCGGUUCUGGGCUUUGUGGUCGAUAAGGUUGGGAGGAAUGUGAUUUGGGUGAUGUGUGCUGUGGUUACUACACUAGCUGCUCACAUGAUGCUGGCCUUCACUUUUUGGAACCCAUGGAUCGCAAUGUCCCUAUUGGGAGUGUCCUACUCAUUAUUGGCAUGCGCUCUGUGGCCUAUGGUGGCGUUUGUGGUCCCUGAGCAUCAGCUGGGUACAGCUUAUGGCUUUAUGCAGUCGAUUCAAAAUCUGGGACUUGCUCUCAUUGCCAUGGCAGCAGGGGCCAUACUUGAUACCAGAGGCUACCUGGUUUUAGAAGUAUUUUUCUGUGCCUGCAUAUGCAUUGCACUAAUGGCUGCGGUGAUGUUGUACUUUGUGGAUUACCUCAAAGGAGGAGAUUUAAAUCGCUCAGCUGCCGACAGAGCCAGACUUCAGAAAGAAGCCACUUCACAUUCUGAAUGAAGAUGGUGGGGGAACACACUAGCUUCAGGGUGUCAGAGCCCGCCUGCAGCAGUGUCCAGCCCACAGCUGGUGUAUUAACUCUCAUGGGGCAGGACUGCACCACUGACUGCACUCAGCUCUGACAUCUGUUUUCCACUGACUCAUGGGUGUCACACUGUCACAUAUUUUUUUAUUGUACUUUUUUAUAAUAAUUUAAACUUUUAUUGAUUUCUGACGUAUCGAGGUUAAUUGACUACAAAAUGUCCUGUUAGAUUUGAAUGCUUUGGUUCAGUGCUACAAAUUAAUCUGCAUAACUGAAGGGGCCAACAAUCCACUUGAAGUUUUUUUAAAUUGCCAUCUUUGGGUUUUUAUCUGAUAUUUUUAACAAUCAAUUUUCAGUUAAUUAAUUAAAUGGACCAAUAUGCAGUCUUAUAAUUCACUUUUUAUUCUCCUUUUUAUGAUCUUCUAAUUAAUUUCAUUAGGAACUAAUCCCAAAAUUAGUUUAUAAGAAUUUUGUAUGAGACUUUCUGUUGCAUUAAUGAUAUAUUCUAAGAGUUUGGGGAGACAAUCUUAAAAUGUUAAUGUUAUUUUUAUUGCACAGAUUUCCCCCUUUAGCUCAGGUAACUCGUGUCUUAAGCACUGCCCCUUUAGUAGAGUUGGUUCAUUCCAAUAAGAUGGAAAAGUGUUGACUCCCAUUAAGAAUCACAGUUUACUACCUCAUUUGGACAGUGCACUAUCUACCAAAUGAUUUUACAUUGUUUUUACACUAUGGGUGAUUUUUUUUUUUUUUUUUUUUUUCAACAAACAUUAAAUGUGUUGUUAAAAAAAUAACUAUAUGCUGUGCAAUUAAAUGUUAUAUUUUUAAGUGU